AGAGUUUAUCACUGUAGCAAACAUAUUGUGAAUACAUACGAUAUCGAUAUAACUUAUUGGCGAUUACAAAAGCUUUAUUAAACGAGAAACGAUCUAAUAAUGUAAAAUCCUGUAAAAUGCAUUUAAAGAUCGAUGUUUAGAUUAAAAUAUUCAUAAAAUAAUUGCCAAGCCGUUAUAACUUAUGUAGAUAAGUGUAAUAUCUGUAAGCUAAAUCUCACUGUCAGAGAUAUCAAACGUGCUUCACCUUUGUAUGACCGCCUUAUAAAAUAUAAACAGCAAGAAAAACCCCUAGGAAAAUAAAAUAUUACAGACAAAAUAGAAUAACAAAGACGAACAUCCAGUACGAAAAUCACAUUUAUUGUGGAAACAUUUAUUGUGGAAACUCGACUGAUCGAAAAGAUAUUAUCAUCAUAUAAUAAGAUCGUUAAAAGAAAGUGAAAAAAUUUUUUACUUUGCUUGUAACAUAACCUGUUAAUAUUAUAUGUUUGUGAGAUUACAUACAAUAAUUUUACAGUACAAAUCAGAAUUUAAACUAGAAGAGCAGAACGGUUAAAAUUAAACUGACAUAUUGAUAAAAUCUAAUAUUUCCUCUUAAUAACUGUUACAAUGUCCAAGAAUUUUUCAGACCAAACUUUGGUUAAUAAGCAAUCUGUUAAUGUACAAGAUAUUAACGGUUAUCCACAAUUAUUCGAUAAAAAUUGGGUUAAAAUUGGUCAUGUUACACAGUUGUAUAUGUAUCCAUUAAAAUCGGGAGGAAAAGUAUGCAUAUCAUCUACCAGAUGUAAUCAAUAUGGAAUGGUCAACUGGAAUCAACAAAUGCCGAAUAUAAAAAUUUGGGACGGGAUGUUCCUAGUAUACAAUCAGAAGACUAAAACAAUUGCAAACUUUGCGAAUUAUUGGAAAUUGGUUUUGAUAAACAUAAAUGUGAACGAAACGUUCAUGCAAUUCAACGGUAUAGGAAUAGACAGUUUAAUUAUCGAAAUAGAUAAACAAACCAGAAAAUAUUGCAAAGUCUUCUAUUAUUCAUCAUGGCAUGGCGGCACACCCACAAAACUUAGAGAUUGCGGCGCCAAAGCUGCCAAGUGGAUAAACGAGUAUUUAGGAACCUCUGAUCUACGUUUAGUUCAAAGAGUAGACUGUAAUCCUUUACAUGAAGAACCAAAUUUUAUAAGAGAAAAUUGGAUGGAAUACAACAUGAUAUAUUCAACUAAAGCGGAAGAAAAGACAGAAGCGUUCGCAAAUGUAACACGUUGCGUACUCAUGACAACAUCUACGUUAGAUAAACUACAAAAGGAUAUAAUACAUAAUGAUGAACAUCAUUUGAUUCGUCCAAAUAUUGUUGUUUCGGCAUCCUCAAUCCCUUAUAGCGAGGAAGACUGGGAAUGGAUCAAGAUAAAAAAUAUAAUCAUCAGAGUAAUAAAACCGGUCCCGAGAUAUUUAAUAAAACCUUUUGCUCUACGUUUUUUGACCGUCUUUGCCCACGAGUUAUACAUAAGAGACAAAGAAGAAGAAACAGCACAUUUAGGAGUUUAUUGCGCAUCGUUCAUUUCUGGAAAUUUACAAUUAAAUGAUGACGUAUACGUUUAUAAGACCGACAAAGAAUUCUUCAGUUAUAAUUAUUAGUAGUUUUUCGUUUAACAUUAGCUCGACGCUCGAUUAAUUUUUUUUCUAUCUGUUUGUUCUUGCGCUUAUAUACAAAUCAAAUUAGUGUUUUAUUCAAUAAUCGUUUAUAUACACAACUAAACAUAAUCUUAUUUUAAUAAUUGUUAUUACCAGUCUUAUUUUAGUUUUUCCAUGCAGUUGUCUGCUAAUCCAGGUCUUUAAAAAAAAUAUGUAAAAUAAAAUUGUGGAAAAGAACAAAGAAAGACAUUUUAAGAUAAUUUUGUUCUAAACGGAGCCAUCCUCGCGAUCUGAAAAUCCCUUCUUCAAAUAAACUUUCUUCUCUUUAAAUAAACCUUCUUCAAAUAAACUCUUCCAUUAUUUUAGAGGUAUAUUGU